CCCACUGUUUUUGAGCACAAAUCAGACUCGAGCAAAAACAACUCUUUCCAUGGGAUCAGCUAUAAGAAGAAUGGCCGUACAAAGAGCAGCUUAGUUUCUUGGAAGGCUGGUGGACAUUUCUGGAAAAAGCACAGCUGACUUACUUGUCCCUAUAUGGUCAUUUGCUGUUUCCUCCGGACCAAAGGAGCAGAUUGGUUCGCGAAGGAUGCUGUCAGAAGGGUAUCUCAGCGGACUUGCCUACCAGAAGGACAUCCACUGGAGCUGUUCAUCUUAUAAUGAGCAGGUGGCUGAGGAGGAAGAAGAGACAAAAUCUGCCACUCAUUCCUAUUGCUCUGUGGAUGAGACUCAAGUCCGAAGCCUGUACGUGAGCUGCAAAUCCUCAGACAAGUUUAUGUCUUCAGUGCACGCGCGCGAGAGCCAACACAGUGGAAAGCAGAGAACCAUAAUGCUGCAGACAAACCCCAAUCCUGUGUUUGAAAGCCCCAGCUUAGCUGCAGUGGAAAUAUGUAGAGACUCGAGCAGAGAGACCUACUUGGUUCCACCUUCCUGUAAGAGUAUUUGCAAGAAUUACAAUGACUUACAUAUUGCAGGUGACCAGGUGAUGGCUAUUAAUUCAGUGACGACGGAUUUCCCCCCUGAGAGCAGUUUUGACUAUGGCCCUUUGCUGAAAUCAUCUGAGAUUCCUUUGCCCAUGGAGGAUUCCAUUCCCACUCAGCCCAGCGACUUUCCCCAGAAACCUAUCCAGCGGUAUUCGUCGUACUGGAGAAUAACCAGCGUCAAAGAGAAAAGCAGCCUGCAAAUGCAGAAGCCAGUUUCUAAUGCAGUGCUGAACGAAUACUUGGAGCAGAAGCUGGUAGAAUUAUACAAGCAGUACAUUAUGGACAUUGAGUUUCAUGACAGUUCUCCCACCCAGAUUCUAGCGUCUGAACUCAUCAUGACAAGUGUGGAUCAAAUUAGUCUCCAAGUGUCCAGAGAGAAGAAUCUGGAGACCUCCAAAGCCAAGGACAUAGUCAUUAACUGCCUAUUACAGCUGGUGUCGGGUGAAAUUAGCACACCUAGUCUCCGUAUUUCUCAGUACAGCAACGUCAAUCCAUAGAGAGAAGGCUGGCGGCCCUCCUUCUCGACUCCUCCAAAUGAGAGCAACACUUCCUUCAUUUAUUCUGAGAAUGUGCAGGAGGUGGGGGUGAAGGGGAGUCCAGAGCUAAAAAAAAGCAAGGUUGGACAGAGGUCAAGUGUGAAUUCAAAGGAAAUCUCUUACUAUUGCACGUAAUGAAGGCAUGUGGGAAGAGCAUCCAGAAAGACUCAUUGCAAAGCAAAGGUCGUAUAGCAACAAAGCACAAAUAAAAAUGAUCCACGGGCGCCUGGGUGGCUCAGUCAGUUAAGCCUCGAACUUCGGCUCAGGUCAUGAUCUUGCGGUUUGUGAGUUUCAGCCCCACGUCGGGCUCUGUGCGACGG